AUGAUAUCGUAUGCAUAAGAAAUAGAGAAUGGGAAAGUCAAUUACAUGUUAUCCUAAGACGCUCAGGCAUAUUCUGCAUAUUAAGUAAUAGAAUAAGCCAGAAUUAAAAACACAUAGACAUGUUAACUGUCAAAUAUUACAAAGAGUUUGCUUCUUUAUCUAAGGACUAUUAACUUCCUACCCUAUUAAAAUGCUUUCAUUUUUACAAAUUUGAAACAUAGUUUUAUUUAGAAUUUAUAAUUCCAAAUUAUUAUACUUAUUUGUAAUUUUAUGAAAAUUGAAAUGAAAAACAGUUGA